CGUAAAUUUUUAUUGGCUAUUUGCAUUUGAAUGAGCCAAUAAGAAGCCACCACUAUUUCGAAUUAGCCAAUAAGUUAAGAUUAAACGAAAAAAAAAACAUGGCUGUUGUGUGUCAUUUUCAACAAUAAUCAAUAAUUUUCACCAUUCAUCUUGACCUCCAUUUUUUCUAAACGAAUUUAUUGGUGCGAUAAUUUGAAAAAUUGGACCCGGUGCUUCGCUUCAGUUUUAACAGGAUCCUUUUAUAUUUAUUAUUUCCUAAUUCUUUUUUAGUUUGUUUUGUGUAAAAGAUGUACCUAUAGUAUGAUUUACGCUUGGUAUUCUGCUAAAAUGUGAUCUUAGGGCAAUCUAUUGCUUAAAGAUAGCGUAAACAGAAUUUUUGUCCUCAAGUGCUAAAAUUUAUUCGCGAUGAGGCAGUGUUGUGUUCCUGGGUGUAAAAACACCUCCAAUUUACGCAAGGUACCGUUUACGAAGGUAACUUGGAAGGCAUGGUUAGUUCGAUGUCCAUUUCUUCGCAAAUAUUCCCGUAAGUCAUUAGAGAAUGUUAAGAUUUGCGAACUUCAUUUUUUACCUCAACAUGUUAAAUCUCACAGACUAACGGCAGAUGCAAUUCCUACAUUGCAUCUGCCUAAGCAAAAUAUAGCUACAUCUUCUCGAAACGAGCAAUUUUUGGAAGUAUUUCCUCUUCAAUCUGGCCAACCUCUCAGUGUAAGAAUUGUUAAUCCAUCAGUCUCUCUGAUAGACACAGUUAAUGUUCAAACUGACUUUGAUUACAAUAAACAAUCUGUUUUUCCACCUACAAAUGAUCAAGUCCCAAGUGUUCAAAGUAGAGAUAUUACUGAACGUGAUUUUGAACCUAACAAUCAGAGUAUUGUUACACCAAGUAAUGAGCAAGUCCAGUGUGUGGCUUCUCAAAUAAAUAAAGAAACUACUGAACCUGAUUUUUACGUACAGUCUGAUUCUAUGACAGAUUCUAUAACUACAAAUGUAGUACAUUCCUGUAGUACAAGUACAGAAACUCAAAACCAAUCUACAGAGCCAGAACUAACAGUUGGUCAACUGAGUCCUCUUCCAUCUAACACCAUGCCUUCUGAUGUUAUAUCUGCCAUACAAAGAACUCCAGUACGUGUAAAAUCACAUUCUAGACGUCAUAAGUCCCAUGUAAAGUCAGAUUUAAUUCCUAGAGUUCGUUUAGGUCAAAAUGAGACCCCUCGUAAGCAAAAGCUACGUGUGGGGAAUGAAAUGUUAAAAAUGAAGUUACGAAAUUUGACUUUGAGAUUUAAUAAAUUAAAAUCAAAGACACUGUCAUGGUCUACUCAAGUAAAACUUUUCAUCAAAAAGUAUCCUCUACUGAGUAAUUUUGGAAAAAUAUUGGUCGACUCACAAUUAAGAUUAUCUGGUGUAAAAGGAAAAGGUUCUAGAUACACAGACGAUGAAAAAAUUUUUGCACUUUCUUUGUAUAAAUUGAGUCCAAAAUGUUAUGGAUUCUUGCAAAAAAACAUAAGAUUACCAAGUAAAUCUACUAUAGGAUCUUUGUUAAAUAACAUCCCUUUGAGACCAGGUAUUAAUGAAUUUAUAUUUCAACAUUUGGCAGAUGCAGCUAAAAACAAAAAUACUAUGGGAUUGCAGUGUGUAUUGCUGUUUGAUGAAAUGGCAAUUAAUAAAAAUUUGUUUUUUAAUUUUCAUACUGGGGUUAUCGAGGGUUUUGAAGAUCUAGGAGGUGGUUAACGCACUAAUAAUGUUG